AUGGAGACUACAAGAUCGGAGAGUGUUCCUGGAAUAGAUAUUCCUACUUUUAGAGAAUUAGUUAUUGCUCAACAAGAUAAGAGAAGCCAUCGAUUAGAAAAUAAAUUUGUGGAGCGAAUGGAAGAAUCUUUAAUCAGAUGGAAACCAUCAGUUUCGUCACAUAGAGGUACAAUCAUGGCAAUUGAUGGAACACAUCCAUACCAAUUACUCACAGGAGACCCUAACGGUACAAAAAGAACUAAAAAUUCAAAGCUGAACACAGAAAAACCUCAUUUUUCUUUUUAUAGAGUGAAAGAAGAUAAUUCAAUUCAGAGUAAGGGGAGUGUUAUUCAAAAUUUUAUAAGAUGGGUGUAUGAUAAAGAUUCAAACAAAUAUCUUGAUAAUAAUGGUGAUGGGUUAGAUGACAACAUAUCAUUUAAUCAGGAUGGUCUAUCCUUUAUGCUUCCAACAAGCGAUAAUAAUAAUUCAGAUAUGAUAGCGACUCCCAUUAUCUAUCCUCGCGCCGCACGGCUAAAACCGCAAGAGAUCACAGGGGAAACAAAUCAAGUACAGUACAUGACCCACCCAUUAGGUGCUACAGAGAGAGCUUUAUAUGAAUUAUAUUACAAUAACCCCAUACCAGUUAACUAUUUAGAGGCAACUAUGCAAACUAAUAACGAAAAUAUUGCUAUUGAUACUAACAGAGAGUACUGUAAUUUGGUUCAAAACAAUGUAGGUUCUGUUGAAAAAGAUGUGUUUCACGACUGUAUAACUUGCAAUAAUCUAACAGAAGUGUUCCCAUGCUUGCAGUUACGUGACAGUUCUCCUACUGCUAACAGUAAUGAUGAUAACAAUAGCAAUUAG